AUGGGUCUUCUCCGCACUGGUCUUAUUGGAGCCAUCGGCUACCAGAUGGGCAAGAAAAGCGACGGCAGCAACAACAACAACAGCCACGCCUAUCAGCAAGGCCCUCCUCCUCAGGGCUACUAUCAACAAGGCCCUCCUCAGGGAUACUAUCAGCAAGGCCCUCCUCAGGGCUACUACCAGCAAGGCCCUCCUCAGGGCUACUACCAGCAACAUCAUCCCUACGGUGGCUCGUCUCGUGAUAUGGACUUCAACGGCCAACAAAAUUACCGGCAAGGGCCCCCUCAGGGCUACCAUCAACAGCAACAGCCCUACGGUGGUUCAUCCCGUAAGAGGGACUAUAACAGUCAGCCCAGCUCCGAACGGGACGCUCCUCCCGCCUACACUGCUGGCAAUGGCGGAUCCUACCGGCCCAGUGAGAAGCGCUAA